UCUUGCGUUGCUCGCGUGCGGUUCGCUGUUCGCAAGUUUCCCCCUCGAAGAAUUCCACGUAUCACGCUUUUUAAUAAUUGUGUGUACGAGUGUGUGUGUGUGUGUGUUUGUGUGCGAUCAACGACAACGACGACGACGACUUCGCCGCCGGCAGCGAAUUCUCGAAUCCAAAGAGCAAUAAACAAAUGUCCGAAUGCAUAAAUCAAAAGUCAAGCACCGCACAGAGUUGAGUAGUUGUUCUGGCGUAUAUACAUACAUAGAAAUAGUAUCAACUCGAGCAUAAUAAAAAAUAAAUAAAAAUAAGAAAUUAAAAUACUCGCAUAAAUCGAAAACGUGCGCACAGAAAAUCAACAUAAAUAUUGGCGACAAGCCACUGAAAAGUCCAAUCAAUUGUUCAAAUUUAGCUCGAGUGAGUGUGUGUGUGUGUAUGUGUGUUAAAACCAUUUGUUAAUGUUGUUGUUUUUAAUGUUGGUGUUUAUGAAACAUGUACGCAAUUUAUGAAAGUCGCGAAAGCGGAAAAUUUUGCUAAAAAUUGCAACACGUGUUUAUGCUAACAGUGCGUAUGAAAAUUUCGCCUUGCUAUUUUCGUGCACUACGCGUGUGUGAGAGUGUGUGCGUGUGUGUGCCAAUGUGCAUGUGAGUGUGAGCCAAAAGGCUGACGAAGAGUUUCCCCCCAAUUGAAUCGCUAAAGUAAAUGUACAAAUCAAGCAAAAGCAGCACAACAGAUAAAAGCAUUAUAGAAAAAACAACACGGAUACUUAAGCUUAAGAUAAACAGCGCUCAAAUACCAAAGACAACUCAACUUCCACUAGAUUAUCGAUGCAUUAAACGCGCAGCUGGCAAGGAUUCACACAUCCGCAGCUGGCUAAACUCGGUCGAUCAUCCCACUCACAGCACAGAUAGAAGAGAUAGAGAAGGGUAGAGAGCAAGUGGAGUGAUCCCCUCGUGCUUUUAAGCCUACAAAAAGGAAAAAACACAACACAAACAAAACUAUGCUUCAACAUCCCGCCACAGAUUUCUACGAUUUGGCCGCUGCCAAUGCGGCUGCAGUGCUCACCGCCCGCCACACGCCCCCUUAUAGCCCCACGGGGCUGGGCGGAUCGGUGGUGGCGCUGCACAAUAACAACAACAACAAUAGCACAAGCAAUAACAAUAAUAAUCUCGAUAUGCUGACGCACAACGGCGGCACAGUGGGCGUGGGCGUGGUCGGAGGCGUCUCAGCCACUGGACUGCAUCUGAAUAGCAGCAGCAAUGGAGGCGGAGGAGGUGGUGCAGGCGGAGGAGGAGGCGGCGGUGGAGGCGCCAAUGCAGCUGGACGCGAAACUCUGCCCAGCUUCGGCUUCACCCAAGAGCAGGUGGCCUGUGUGUGUGAGGUUCUGCAGCAGGCGGGCAACAUCGAAAGACUGGGUCGCUUCCUUUGGUCGCUGCCACAAUGUGAUAAACUGCAACUGAACGAGUCUGUGCUGAAGGCCAAGGCGGUCGUCGCAUUCCAUCGUGGUCAGUACAAGGAGCUGUACCGGCUGCUCGAACAUCAUCACUUCUCGGCCCAAAAUCACGCCAAGCUGCAAGCUCUGUGGUUGAAAGCGCAUUACGUGGAAGCCGAAAAACUGCGCGGAAGACCUUUGGGUGCCGUGGGCAAAUAUCGUGUUCGCCGUAAAUUUCCAUUGCCCCGCACAAUUUGGGAUGGCGAGGAGACGAGCUACUGUUUUAAGGAGAAAUCGCGUUCCGUAUUGAGAGACUGGUAUGCGCACAAUCCAUAUCCAUCGCCCCGCGAGAAACGAGACCUGGCCGAGGCCACAGGGCUGACCACGACACAGGUCUCCAAUUGGUUCAAGAAUCGACGACAAAGAGAUCGCGCCGCCGAGCAUAAAGACGGCUCUACGGACAAGCAACAUUUGGACUCGUCCAGCGAUUCGGAAAUGGAGGGCAACAUGCUCUCCAGUCAAAGCGCACAACAGCAACAACAACAGCAGCAACAUGCUGCCGCCCCGCAUCACUCGCAUCACUCACAGCAACAGCAACAAUCGCCAGGCAGCAAUAAUAACAACAACAACAACAACAGCAGCAGCAAUGGCAACAGCAAUAGUUUGCAUCAGCAACAUCAACAGCAUCAGCAACUGCAACACGUUGCUGCCGAUCAAAGCCUGCAACAUCAUCAGCAGCAGCAUCAACAGCAUGCGGCGGCCGCAGCGGCAGCAGCAGCUGCCAGCAAGAGCAGCGCUGCGGCGGCGGCAGCAGCGGUUGCUGCCUCCCAAAUGCCGCCGCUUUCGGCUGCAGUUGCGUACUCGCAUCUGCACAGUGUGAUGGGUGCCAUGCCCAUGUAUGAUAUGGGCGAGUAUCAGCACUUAUGAUUCUAGUUGGAGGCUGCUGCUGCCGCCAGCAGCCACAACAACAGUAACAACACCAACAGCAGCAACUGCAAUAACGACAGCAGCAACCUUUUGCCAUGCGAAUGGCAGGCAACGUUGCGUCAACGCCAGCAGCGCUGCCAGCAGCAACAGCAGCAGCAGCAUCCGGAAAGCUUUUACUUCUGAAUCGAUCAAUAACAGCAAGAACAACAACAGUAAUAACCACAGAAACAGCAACAGCAAUACAUUUUAUUCAAUCAACUUUGCGCAUAACUUGGCAUUUUUCUAUAUAUUUGCAUAAUGUAUAGAGAGAUAGCGCGAGGUAGACAGACAAAGAUAGACAGACAUAGAGGAUUGCAGCACAAGCUUUCUUUUUUGGCAAUUCUCCUUUAUUAUAAACGAAAAGCAUAAAACAAACUUCAUUGAUCUGUGUAAAUAGCUAGGCUUUAGUUUUUAGAGCGAUUGAGUCGGGAAUGGAGAAUUACUAUAUGUUAGUUAGUUACAUCCUCCUAUUCGGGUGGAUUAUACUUACUAGAGAAAUGUGAAAGUUGUUCCCUGCUCGAGCGCGAAUGCAAAUCAAAUCGAAAUGUGCAAAAAUUAUAAAUAU